AGGAGGAGGAGGGGGGGCAAGAUGGCGUCCGAUGGCGGCUCGGAGCGGCUGUCUCCUCCUCCCUUCCCGCGGCCCGAGCCUGAGGACAGCGACGGCGAAGGGGAGGACAUCUUCGUCCACGACGCCAAUAAGUCCCUGGCACCAAGAAGGGGUUCCCCUCCACCAGCCAGCAACAAGUCCAAAGAGAAUGGCAUCCAGACAGAGCAGGAACAAGAGCAGCAGGAUCUCUUUGCAGAUGCCACUGUCGAGCUGUCUCUGGACAGCGCCCAGAACAACCAGAAGAAGGAGCCCGCCAAAGUAUUCGCUCCACCUCCGACAGAGGAAGCCACCAACUCCUCAUUCAGGUCUGAGCCAAAGAGCUAUGAGGAGCUGGAGGAGGAAGAGGAGGAGGACCAGUUUGAUCUGACAGUUGCCGUAACAGAUCCAGAGAAAGUAGGCGAAGGCAUGAAUGCAUAUGUCGCCUACAAAGUUGCAACACAGACCAGCCUGCCGAUGUUCAGAAGUAAAGAGUUUUGUGUGAAAAGAAGAUUUAGUGACUUUCUGGGUCUUUAUGAGAAACUUUCAGAGAAACAUUCCCAGAAUGGAUUCAUUGUCCCUCCUCCACCAGAAAAAAGCUUAAUAGGAAUGACCAAAGUGAAAGUUGGGAAGGAAGAUUCCUCCUCUGCCGAGUUCCUAGAAAAGAGACGGGCUGCUUUAGAAAGGUACCUUCGGAGGGUGGUGACCCAUCCCACCAUGUUACAGGACCCAGAUGUCAGAGAGUUCUUGGAAAAGGAAGAGCUGCCCCGAGCGGUGGGUACCCAGGCAUUGAGUGGAGCUGGUCUCCUCAAGAUGUUUAACAAAGCCACUGACGCGGUCAGCAAAAUGACCAUCAAGAUGAACGAAUCAGACAUUUGGUUUGAGGAGAAGCUACAGGAGGUCGAGGGCGAAGAGCAGCGUUUACGAAAACUGCACGUUGUGGUAGAAACUCUAGUCAACCAUAGAAAAGAGUUAGCACUGAAUACAGCCCAGUUUGCCAAGAGCCUGGCCAUGUUGGGAAGCUCAGAGGACAACACUGCUCUCUCCCGGGCCUUGUCCCAGCUAGCCGAGGUCGAAGAGAAGAUCGAGCAACUGCACCAAGAACAGGCCAGUAGUGACUUCUUCCUGCUGGCUGAGCUCUUGAGCGACUACAUUCGCCUCUUGGCCAUCGUCAGGGGGGCAUUCGACCAGCGCAUGAAGAGUUGGCAGCGUUGGCAGGAUGCCCAGGCCAUGCUGCAGAAGAAGCGGGAGACCGAGGCCAGGCUGCUGUGGGCCAACAAACCUGACAAGCUGCAGCAGGCCAAGGAGGAGAUCUCCGAGUGGGAGUCUCGGGUGACACAGUACGAAAGGGACUUCGAGAGGAUUUCCACAGUGGUCCGCAGAGAAGUGACACGGUUCGAGAAAGAGAAAUCCAGGGACUUCAAGGAUCAUGUCAUCAGGUACCUUGAGACCCUCCUGAACUCCCAGCAGCAGCUGGUGAAGUAUUGGGAAACCUUCCUCCCUGAGGCCAAGGCCAUCUCCUAAUGGACCAAGGAAGCCAGAGCCCACCUGAACUUACGCUGCCUUUUAUACACUAUACCUCUCCACCUUUUCCUGAUCCCAGUUCCGCAUCCUGCCGAGCCUAGAGACUUAACCCCUCCCCCCGGGACCAAGCCGCUUCCCCGUUUUCCCCCAGCCAGUAACUCUUCUAAUUGAAUUUUUCAUUUAACUUCCAUAUAUAUUUUCUUAUUGAAGAGAAUAGUUUCCUGCUUUAAGCAAAAGACCUACAGUAGGGAGUGGGAACGUGGGAUGGGGGGUUAUUAAUAUAAAUGUAUAAAUAAAUUGUAUAUUUUUCAGGAUGUGGGUUAGGAACUGGGAAUAACGUUUUCUGUUACUCCUGCUGGUGCCAUGGGAAAAAAAAAAUUGUUAAUAAAAUAUUUAAAAAUCUGGUCA